AUGGAGACUUGAAGGUGGGAUACUACAACAACAGGUUUGGCUUGAUUUAGUUUUGGAGUUCUCAAAUUUAUCAACUUCGUUCCUAUUAGUAGUGAUCUUCUCUUCUCCGGAUCUGUUGACACUUCCAACGAUCAAUAUUAUUGAGGGAAUUAUAACUUUUCAGACACAUUAAAUCUUGUGGGGAAGAAGAGUAUUGUAUUCCCAACUUCUGGAUGUGCGAAUAAAAGAAGUGACUCUCUUCUUAGCCAAAAUAAAGAGUCAAUUUAUACAAUGAUCUUGUAUGACAAUCAUUUCUUAUUCUACAAAAAUAAUUCCUCAGAUGGAACUCCACAGAAUUCAGGCUUCUUUUGGAGUGAAAGUGGCGUUGUUAGUAGUUACAUAAUGAGAGAAUUUAACAACUUCAUUGAAAUUCAGAUACAAAGCACUACCCUGCCAAAUAGUAAAAGGAUGAUUCUAAUUGAUACUGAAAACUCAAAUGUACUCAAAGAGUAUAAUUCAGUCAAUUCACUAGCUUAUGGAAUAGGAAGGCUCGAAAUAAAUGGUCAAGAGCUGAUGUAGAUACUUUUUAUUUCACUCAAAUCACCACAAGCUAUCAGCUUUCUUUCACCAAUUCAGACCCAAGCAUAUCUUCUAGC